UCUCUUUUCCAAUUAAAUAAACAACCCCUUUUCUUCAUAUAUAUCCUUCUCCUCUUCUUCUUCUUCUUCUUCUUCUACCUAUUCUUUCAAAUAAUCUACCAUUAAUCUUAUUCUAUGCCUCAUUUCUCUGUUCACUUCACACAUGGGUUGGUGGCAUAAGAUCACAAAAACUUGGACUGCACUCUCUGCUCGUAUCAAGCUUCGAAAAUCAAGGAUUUCCGGUGGCCGAGUUGGUGGAACCGGUGAAUACACCAAUGAUUGUGGUGGAAUCAGUGGAGGGUUGUUAAAGCUUCGUGAUGAUGUGCAAAUGUGUGGGUACAGAGAUGUUGAGGUGAUGUGGAACAUGUUGAACAUAAGUCUUCAGCAUGACCAAAUGGAAGCGGCGAGAAGCUCCAACAACUCAGAAUUUCGCAAGCGUGGGUGCAAGCAAAGAUCUAUUUCCAGGGUUUUGUUCUGGACUAGCCAUUCAGUGAAUUGAACGAAUGAUCAAGUUUUUGAAAAGAAUUAAUGUGAACGUAUUGUACAUGCCAACGAAUGAAACCUUAUUUCAUAAUUAUGUGAAUAAUAGAAGAAGUUUGAGUUCUGGUAUGUUAUAUUGUCCCUCUCUGCUCAGAUAAGGGGAAAGAAAGGCUAGGAAAAUCCCUGUGUGUUUUUUGCUAACUAGGAACCGCUAUAUGGAAGAUGUAGUAUUUUGUUUCAACUUUUCUUCACAGGUAACAAAGAUAAACACGGCUUAAAAUUUGCAACUGAAGUUCUGCAUUGAGUAUAGUGACAGGUUUGAAUGGAACGAGUGGUGAGGUUGCAUCAAUCGGUGUCACAAUACAUGCAUUUGAAGUAUUUGAUGGUUGUUUUCGCUGAUUUUUGUGACGUGUAUUGGUUGAAGUGUUUUGAGUAGUAGUUAUUAGUCGAAC